CUCGUAUUACAUUCUGUCCCGCUAAGCGCGGACCACCUCCGACAACCUUAAUUCCCCCACCUCACGUCACCUCCCCAGACAUCUACAACUCCCCGCACUCCCCUCCACGCCACAUCGACAUUGCCAGCUACACACAACAGGUAGCAAGAACUGCUACUCUCGUUUACUCGACACAGCCUCAUCCUGAAAAAGCUCUUCACAUUCUCCAUUGCUCAAUUGAGUCUCCAGAGCUUACCCACCUCUCCAACUCGUUGACUCUCGAGCUCUUUGCCGCCUACGUCCCUCUCUCAAGAACACGAAAAAUAUACUGGGAAUUAUACCUUACACUCAGAUACAACCAUGGCCCCUCUCAUUCGUGUCAUCGGCUCCCUCAAUGCCGACAUGGUCUCCGUGACCUCACGCUUCCCAGACCCGGGCGAGACCAUCACCUCCUCCUCCUACUUCACCAGCGCCGGCGGCAAAGGCGCCAACCAAGCCGUUGCCUGUGGCCGACUAUCUCGGCCACAACCUACAACCGACGGCCUCAACACGCAGAGUGACGUGACGGUCGAGAUGGUCGGCGCCGUGGGCGCAUUGGACGGCCACUUCUCCGCACUGCUUCGCCCCACGCUCGAAAAAUCGGGCGUGGACACAUCGCGCGUGCGGGUCAUUGAGGAUGCAUAUACCGGCGUGGCAGUCAUUAUCGUGGACUCGUCUGCUGGAGGCGAGAAUCGUAUCCUGUUCUCACCCGGUGCUAACUACACUGGCAUGCAACCCAUACCCGACGUGCUAGGUUCCGCGCUGGCCGCGCCAGUGCCGGACGUGGUCGUGAUGCAGGGUGAGAUCCCCGUGGACACGGUUGUUGCGAUUCUGCGUGAGAUCGCUGCAUUCAAGGCGAAGAAUCGUGCUGCGGGCAAGAGGGGUAUCGAGUGCGGGCCGGAUGUCAUGCUGAACCCAGCUCCGGCGCCACCGGGCGGUUUACCCGAGGAUGUCUACGCGGCUGUUGACCACUUGAUCCUGAACGAGACGGAGGCCGAGCUGAUGAGCCCUCCAGAAGAGCAAUUGCUCCGCGUGGUCCCGGAUGCAGCAGGGCUAGAAGGCAAUGAGAAAGUCGCGCGGUAUUUCCAUAAGCUGGGGGUGAGUUAUGUGCUGAUUACGCUCGGAGCCAAGGGAGUCUGGUACAGUGCUACGGACGGGGGCACUACUGGUCCCAGUGAUGGAGUGCGGCGCUUUACAAAUGAGAUUCCCGCCGCGCCAGUGUCUCGGGUGCUUGACACGACGGCGGCGGGCGAUACGUUCGUGGGUGCCUAUGCAGUCAAGGUUGCGCGAUGGCGUGAGCAGCGUCGCGUGGGGGGUAAGGCCGGGCUGGACCUGGUUGAUGCUGAGAAGCCGUAUCGGUACCAGACGGUGAUGGACGAGGGGAUGCGAUUGGCAGCGCGUGCGUCCGCUCGCGCCGUGGAGCGGCAGGGAGCGAUGGACAGUAUUCCAUUUGAGAGUGAACUUUAAGCUGGGUCUACUUAAAAAGUCCCGGGACAGAAGAAGAGUCUAAAGUGUGACAAUCAUGUAUAUUAUCAUUACAUCAUCGAUAGGGAUUGGAGUCGAGCGAGUGGUAUAUAUCUUUUAAUCUCUACUCUGGGACAUAAUUUUAUUGCCAUUGACUUACCCCUCGGAGAUAAUCUAUGGGAGGAGCAAUGACUGAUCUGGUCACGG